UGCAGUUCUCUAAUCAAAUGCUCCCGGCCGAGCUGCCAGCCGGGCAGCCAUGUGUAGCUCCCGCAGCCAGAGGAAGAGCAGAACAGUCACAUGUCUUCUCGGCUCCCACAGUGCAGGAGGCCGACCAUGUGCAGGGACCCAGACCCGCUUCAGCCAGGAGCCAGCCGACCAGACCGUGGUGGCCGGACAGCGGGCCGUGCUCCCCUGUGUGCUGCUCAACUACUCUGGGAUCGUGCAAUGGACCAAGGACGGGCUGGCGCUGGGCAUGGGCCAGGGCCUCAAAGCCUGGCCGCGGUACCGGGUCGUGGGCUCUGCGGAUGCCGGGCAGUACAACCUGGAGAUCACGGAUGCCGAGCUCUCUGACGACGCCUCCUACGAGUGCCAGGCCACAGAGGCUGCCCUGCGCUCCCGGCGGGCAAAACUCACCGUGCUCAUCCCUCCGGAGGACACCAAGAUUGAUGGAGGUCCUGUGAUUCUGCUGCAGGCAGGCACCCCCCACAACCUCACGUGCCGAGCCUUCAACGCCAAGCCUGCCGCCACCAUCCUCUGGUUCCGGGAUGGGACACAGCAGGAGGGCGCUGUGGCCAGCACGGAGCUGCUGAAGGAUGGGAAGCGGGAGACGACCAUCAGCCAGCUGCUCAUUAACCCCACCGACCUGGACAUCGGGCGAGUCUUCACCUGCCGCAGCGUGAACGAGGCCAUCCCGAGUGGCAAGGAGACUUCCAUCGAGCUGGACGUGCACCACCCUCCUACAGUGACCCUGUCCAUUGAGCCACAGACAGUGCAGGAGGGUGAGCGUGUCGUCUUUACGUGCCAGGCCACGGCCAACCCCGAGAUCCUGGGCUACAGGUGGGCCAAGGGGGGCUUCUUGAUUGAAGAUGCCCACGAGAGUCGCUAUGAGACAAACGUCGAUUACUCCUUUUUCACGGAGCCUGUGUCCUGUGAGGUUCACAAUAAAGUGGGGAGCACCAACGUCAGCACUCUGGUCAAUGUCCACUUUGCCCCCCGGAUCGUAGUUGACCCCAAACCCACGACCACAGACAUUGGCUCUGAUGUGACCCUCACCUGUGUCUGGGUUGGGAAUCCCCCCCUCACACUCACCUGGACCAAAAAGGACUCAAACAUGGUCCUGAGUAACAGCAACCAGCUGCUAUUGAAGUCGGUGACCCAGGCAGAUGCUGGCACCUACACCUGCCGGGCCAUCGUGCCUCGGAUCGGAGUGGCUGAGCGGGAGGUGCCACUUUAUGUGAAUGGGCCCCCCAUUAUCUCCAGCGAGGCAGUGCAGUACGCUGUUAGGGGGGACGGCGGCAAGGUGGAGUGUUUCAUCGGGAGCACGCCGCCCCCGGACCGCAUUGCAUGGGCAUGGAAGGAGAACUUCCUGGAGGUGGGGACCCUGGAACGCUAUACGGUUGAGAGGACAAACUCGGGCAGCGGGGUGCUGUCCACGCUCACCAUCAACAAUGUCAUGGAGGCCGACUUUCAGACCCACUACAACUGCACUGCCUGGAACAGCUUUGGGCCGGGCACGGCCAUCAUCCAGCUGGAAGAGCGAGAGGUGCUGCCCGUGGGCAUCAUCGCCGGGGCCACCAUUGGCGCGGGCAUCCUGCUCACCUUCUUCUUCAUCGCCUUAGUGUUCUUCCUCUACCGGCGCCGCAAAGGCAGUCGCAAGGACGUGACCCUGAGGAAGCUGGACAUCAAGGUGGAGACAGUGAACCGGGAGCCACUCACGAUGCAUUCUGACCGGGACGAUGAUACUGCCAGCGUCUCCACAGCGACCCGGGUCAUGAAGGCCAUCUACUCGUCCUUUAAGGAUGAUGUGGACCUGAAGCAGGACCUGCGCUGCGACACGAUCGACACCCGGGAGGAGUAUGAGAUGAAGGACCCCACCAAUGGCUACUACAACGUGCGUGCCCACGAGGACCGCCCGUCUUCCAGGGCAGUGCUUUAUGCUGACUACCGUGCCCCUGGCCCUGCCCGCUUCGACGGCCGCCCCUCCUCCCGUCUCUCCCACUCCAGCGGCUAUGCCCAGCUCAACACCUACAGCCGGGCCCCUGCCUCCGACUAUGGCCCUGAGCCCACACCCCCUGGCCCUGCUGCGCCAGCUGGCACCGACACAACCAGCCAGCUGUCCUACGAGAACUAUGAGAAGUUCAAUUCCCACCCCUUCCCCGGGGCAGCAGGGUACCCCACCUACCGACUGGGCUACCCUCAGGCCCCGCCCUCCGGCCUGGAGCGGACCCCGUAUGAGGCGUACGACCCCAUUGGCAAGUACGCCACCGCCACUCGCUUCUCCUACACCUCCCAACACUCGGACUACGGCCAGCGGUUCCAGCAGCGCAUGCAGACUCACGUGUAGGGGCCAGAGCCCGGCUGGGGCAUCUCUGCGGGGCAGAGGAGAAGGCUCUCCCAGCUGUUCCCUGAUAUUCAGGGGCAUUGCUCGUUGCUCCCGUCCCGGACCAGCCUUCCUCCUCCCGCCGUGGCAGGUGGGGAGCAGGUCUCCCGGAAACACCCCGUCCCGAGGAUGGUGCUCUGUGCAUGCCCCACCUCCUGGGCCUGCCCUUCCCUCUUCUUCGGGAGGAUGUGUCUCUUCUGACCUGCGCUCUCGCCUGGCCCCAGCAUGGGGACAGGGAAAGGGAAGGCUGCAGAGAGCAGAGUAGGCACUUUUUAGCAUUCCUUUUCUAUCCCACCCCUCUGGUCUCCCGUAAGUGGCUGGGGGGUCACGUGGGCAUGAGCAGGCUUUGGCCUAGGGGACAUGAAGUGUGGGGGUGGGUGGCCCUGGCACAGAUAAGUGGAAACAGGAGAGCCUAGCCAGUCCCUCUGUCAUCUGCAUUCAUGCUCUGGGUGCAACUCUCCCUCCUUGAGACUGCAGAAGGGACCUUGGAUUUAUCUUAGCUCCGUCUACAGAACAGCCCUGGCACUGAGUUCAAAUCCAGUUCAAAUCAUUCAGCUGGGGUUAAAAUGCCAAUCAUCCUGGCUGCCCGCUGUGGACACCUGUCUCUCAGCCUGCGGAGGGAUCCAGGGGUCUCCAGGCGUGCAGCCCACUUCCCUGCUCCUCGAUCCUGGGCCAGUCAGAUAAGUCAGGGGAUCGUGGUGGAGAAAGGAAAGGUCAGGCACCAUGUCCUGAUUCACCAGCAAGACAGCUGUGUACUACAUAGCAGUUUCCAGAACCCACAUUAGAGGGAGCCCAUCCGAGCCCCCUUCUCUCCCCAAUCUGCCCCACUUCCUGGCUUUAACUCUUGAGCCUGCCUGGGGAGUGGUGGGGUGAGGGUAGGGGUGCUGUAAGCUAUUUUCAAAGACAACAAAAAACAAUGAAAACCUCAUUUGGGAAAAAAAAAAAAAAAAGCUGUAGAGAUCCCCCCACCCAAAUACACGUCCCAAUGGAAAGGAAAGGGGGCGCCUGUUCUCCACCAGAUUGCUAACACCUUCCAUUACUCUUUCCAUCUCCAAGCACUUUGAAUCCAUUUUUAAACAUUCACAUGGUGAGACCUGUCACUGGAUGGGCUCUGACAGGCUUAGGGAGGGGGCCUGGCUCAGACUCUACUGUCCUACCCCAGGGCCCACCAGCUGGUUAGAGAGGCCACCUUCCAGGGGGCAUGGGAGAUGUUCUCUUGAGACAGGUUUUGGUUCGUUGUCUUUUUUUUUUUUUUUUUUCUUGGACCAAUCAGAUUCCUUUUUCCACUUUCAGUGCCUUGAGUGUCCAGCGUUGGUUGACCGUCCCUAUGUGGGUAGCUGUGCAGGGAGCGGGUAUUGUGAGUCCCAGACCCGCUGUCAAGCGUUGCAGUGUUUAGGAGAUAGACGGGUGAGGGGGCCUGGGGAGGAAUGGCUGACCGGGUAAGGUGGCGCGAAACGGCACUGCAGGCAAUCGCGGCCCAUGCCGUCCCCCCCGCACACACGUGCACACCCACCCACACACAUUCCACACGGGCGGUUCUCAGCCGCCACCUUCUGACCAAAGAGAACCGGCGCUCCAAAGAGAACUCGGAUCCCUGCCCCAGCGCCCCUUCCCAAGAAGCAGAGUCUGCAGUCUGCUCUUCCUUUCUCCAGACUCGCUCCCCGAGGGAGCGGGGCCUACGGUGCAGUUCCCAGAAUGCGCCUUGCCCUUUCUCAUGGUCACCAUUCCUUAGUCUUGUUCGCUUUAAUGAGUUACAUGCCCAUCAGCCACGGGCCAUCACCACUCUUGCGGAUGGGUCUGUGGGGUGACUCCUGGCCAGCCCCUCGCUGGGAGGGACCAGCUAAUACCCAGGAAGAAAGUAGCUCCAGUUCCAGCCUCGCAGGCUGCCUCUGCGUCCUCCUCCAACCCAGCAGGGGCAGUCCCGAGGACCGGCCCUUCCCAAGGCAGGAUACAGGCUCCCAGCUGCAUUCCGCUCCUGCCCCUGCCUCUUCUUGUGGAGUCCGUUUAUGUGAGCUAAGUGAGAAGGUCUGUUAAGGAUGCAGGUUCCUCUGCAGACAAAUUCAUGCAUAUUUUGAUUAUUUUCACAGAAACCAGAAGCCAUGGGUAAUCUAAACAGUUGAAGACUAAAGAUGGUGGCUUUUUAAACAGGAAUAUUCCAAAAAACGUUCAUCUUUUGUUUGGGGUUUGGCCAGAUUCUCUUGUUUCCUCCAUUUUGGUUUAAGUGCUGGGCCCUAUCUGUUGAAAUGAUGGAAAGGAGGGGGCGGAAGGUCACUAGGUAACUCAACUGACGCUGCAGGGACCAUUACUUUUCUGGAGGCUGAUAUAGAGCCACUUCACUGUUCUCUGUUCAACACAUUAACCGGGGCCUCCUGAGUAGCAAGCAAGCAAGGUGAAUGGCACAGCGACCAAGACUGUCUCUGCCCUCUGCAGCUUGGGCUCUGGUCUGAUCAGAAUCUGGAUUGGGACCUCCCUGUUAGGCCACUUGGAAGAGUUUUUCUGGGGAGUGGAAGGUGCCCUUGAACGCAGAGCUUUGUUUUCUACAGCUGAUGUCCUCCAGCAGGGCGCCUCAGUACUAGAUGUGGUCACCUUGGUGAGCCUGACGGCCUUUGGCGUUCUUGUUUUGGUGGGAAGAGCAAGGGGCUAGGAGCCAGGAGACCUGGGACUCAGUUCUGAAGCUGCCACUUACUGAGUGACCUUGGCCUAAUCUCCACAUUCAUUGCCCCCGAUUUUCUGACUUGUAAAAUGAGGGGGGAAGGGUUGCACAAACCUAGAAUUAUUCUGCUCUUACUGUAUUCAUUUGGUGAGGUGGAGGGGCCUGGCUGUCCCUGCAAAAGAGUUGGGAACAGCAAGUGACCAGGCUGAGGGAUGGGGGAGUGGAAAGGUUCUGGUCCCCUCUUGAAAGCAAGCUUUCACCAUGGGCUCCCUUAUCUUGUCAGAAGUCUUGUGAAUGAAUUUCCACUAGGAACCCCUCAAUCCCAAACAGCAACAAAAACCAUAUCCUAAACCUGAGUGAAAUUGGCGUGGGGUUAUCCUUUGUCAUUGGAUAACUGUGCUGCUCCUCACUCAGAAUUCUGACAGUUUUGCCAAGGUGUCUCUGGCCAGGGCAGGGUAUGAUGAGUUUCCUUCACUGUGUACCGAGGUUUCAGGCAACUUCCUCUGUGGAGAGAAAUGGGAGCAGCCACUCUCCACCCCAGUCCUCAGGAGCAUUCCCCUUGCCCAGGGACAGCAGGCCCCACUUACCAAGCAAGGUGAAUCCUGCAAUUUACGGUGUCUUGAGCCAGAGGGUGAGGCAUGAGUACAGCUGACCCCGCUGUCAAAUGAGCAGGUAGGAAGUGCAGCUUGUACAAGGAAGAGUGGUACAGCAGUUUUGACAUAAAUUCUGGCUCUUGCAGAGGUUCUUGUCAUUCUGGGUGACCCAUGGUCUCUUCUCAUGGAGGGCCCAGCCUGCAUCCUAAAUCCUGGAUCCUUCAAAAUCCAGCCACAGAGUUUAUGUGAGGCAAAAACCACAAGAAGCCAGAAAGCGGCCAGGAAUGGGAGCAAUGCCGUGCUCUCACAAAUGCCUUCCUUGGGAUGAAAAAGUUUAGUUUGACCACCCUGUCUCCAGGCACUGUGCCCUCUCCUUAUCCCAGGAGUCACUGCAUUCCUCGUAAUUUUGAGGGCAGUCUUCUCUGCAUUACAGGAUGGAGCACCCUGGCUGGAGCCUCUUCAGCCCUCGUGCCCUCAUUAACCGGUCGGCACUCUGUCAGGAACCACAAGUCCUGGGCUCCUUAAAAUGGAAUCAGAUGGUCUCGGUAUACUUGACCAUGUCCAUAGCAAUGUUGGGCCAUUUGGGUUUGAAGAAAACCACAUUAAAGCCAAGACCCCAGCUGGACUGAGCUGGCUCGGUCACUGCCUCACUCUUUGCUGCGAGGGCCGUUCUGUCCCCACUGCUGCACUGCUAAGGCUACCCCAGCCUCAGAAACCCUGGCUUCUCUACCAUUUUAGUGCUGUGUCCUGAGCCGGGUCACUGCUCUGUGCCUCUGCAGGCCCUUCUGCAUGUUGAGGGAAUCACCUGAAAGGCGUUAUUCAAGUUCCUGACCCUGGUGGGACCGGUGAGGAUGUGAUAAUAGAACACUGAAGUGCACAGACCAAGGGAUGUAAUUGGAAAGACAUUUAUUUUUGUGAAGAGGCUAUAAAAUUAGCAUUUAAAUAUCCCAUUCCCUUCUCUCUGCCUCCCCCUGUCCUCCCAUGGUAUCUCUCUCCUCUCCUCGAGGCCAGCCUCUUUCUGAAAGGCAUUGGCCUCACCUUGAUCAGCUUGGCCCUGACAUUCCACCUCUGGGCUGGUGGACAGAAUGGAAGGAUGUGUGGCUUGGGAGAUUUCUGAAUUUGGGAGAUGGAGGCGGGGUGGGGCGUGGAAUCUCAUUUUCUUGCAUCACUGUGAGGGAGCUCCAGGCCCUGUCUCUGGAGAAAUAAUUGCUGCGCAGAAAUCACAGGCCAUACUGGGCAGUUCUGGUACAAGCCUGCCCUGAAAAAUAAUAUCAAUAAUAAUAAUAACUCCAUUUGCAUAGAACUAUCACUCAUUCCUACCAGUCUCCUGUGCCCACUCCUGGCUUGUUUUGCUUGCCCCAAUCACUGGCCUUUUCAAGUGUUGGUGGGCCAUGGGCUCUUCUAUUUGCUUCUGGAGGUCUUCAGAUGAUGAGCCCUGGGAACACCCCUCACUCUGGGGAGAGAGCAGCCAAGUCACCAAAACAAUCAAACUCUUGACACAAUCUUGUUAGCAAUAGCAACCCAGAGGAUUUGGCUGCCUCCGGUUUCACGAGAAAUAGGCCCAGGGCUCCCUGUGGUCACAUUUCUACCCCAACUCUACUUGGGAUUACAACCUCCAUUUCUGGUUCUGGUUGACUUUUCUUCACCCAAACCACGAUAAUAAAUGGAUCCAUGAUGAUAAUUAAGAGAAGAGAAAAAAAUAUUAUUUUUGUUAGGACAAACCAUCGUAGAUUUUUAGCAAUGUGUAUCUGUGUGUCCCUCACACCUUUUCCUAUUCUCCCUUUUUUCAUUUUCAUUUUUUUUAAAUAUUAUGUACUAUAUUUUUAGUCUCAAACACACUAUAUAUUAUAUAUAUUUAAUUUUUUUAUAUAUAUAAAUAUAAAUGUUUUAAAAAGUA